AUGACACAACAAUCCGAGAUUUGUGGCUCAAGUUUUCACGAAACCAAACCAAACGUAUCUGGUAUAUCUGUCCGUCAAGUUGAGGUUUCGGUCCAAGACUUGGAAUCCAACAAGGAUGACAGUAACGAUGAUGAUCACAAGCUUGAUAGUCUCCGAGUUGUUGAGCAAGCCAACCCUGAUUCAGGGAAUCCACCGGACUCAUUUUGGGUGGCAGAGGAUGAAGAAGUUGAUUGGUUCAACCACAAUGCAUUCAUGCAACGUAAAGGCUCAUUAAAGGUAAUACUCUCAAGAAAGCUAGACCCUUCUUCACAAAGACCGGUUUCAGUGAACCAAAAGCCGAAAACAUCGAUCAUCGGAUUGCCUAACCACGCUAUGACCGGUGGAGAUGGCCGCAGGAAUCAGAGACUUGGCAACAAUGGGAAGUUGAUGUUUAGGAGCCGGUCUGUCCCGGGAGAAAACCGGGUUGGUCAUGGCUCUGAACCCGGUUCACCGCGUGUUUCUUGCAUGGGGAAGGUCGGGUCUAGAAGAAAUAAAAACGGCAAGUCCCGUUUCUGGGCGGUCUUGAAAUCGGCUUUCGUGAACCGGAAGGAGGGAGAGCCGGUUCGGGUCGAUGAUUGA